AUGAUGAUGCGUUUGAAGCAUCUUCACCACCUUUAUAAGACGGCCUGUCUGUCGGCUCUGCUGACAAACGUGAUCCAGUCGGCUGUCGCGGCCGAGGCGAUCCGGUAAUUCCCUCCUUGACCCAAUCUCCUUAUACUCAUUUUCAUUGCUUUCAGUCCUCAUUUUAGGGUCUUAUAUCGAUCUAAAAGGGGGGGGGGUCUCUUCUUGAGUCAAAAGCAGACGCCUGGGGAGUCUGGAUGAUUGGCAGUGAUCCCAGGGACUCUGGCCCCCAGGACUGGGAGAGGAUAGUCAAAGCAUUGACUUCGCCUUUUUGGGACUAAAUAUGCCGACACUUUUCUUCUAUGAAAGCUGACAAUGGGGAGGCCGAUGGCGUUGCUCCGCAAGUUUUGUGUAUAUUUUUUAUGGAAGCCAAUUUGCCAGCGAACAGUAGAAGGAGACCUAUGCGCGAUCAUAUGUCCGUACUCCUCUCGUCAGGCAUCACGAAAUUAGGAUAAAGUAGAUUCUAUCUUCUUUUGAUAGUCAUGCAAUGGGGAAACUUCUGGUAAGAGAACAGCGUUUGCAUUUAUAAACUGACUUUAUUUCGUAUACAAGGGCGACCAUUCUGCUGAUCUAACACGAGAGAGAUAGGGCUGAGACUAUAUCCUGCAUGCCGGACAGAGCACAAGACCUUUGCUGAUUGUAAAGUUCACUCAUGCGACCUGUAUAGCCCACGCACGACUCAAAGUUUCUCUAAUUUGCUCAGCUAUGAGAGCCCCCGGGCGUCAGACACGUCAUUCAGAUGUACAAGCUCCCAGAGUUACAAAAUAAUUUGGUUGUCCGGAUGCGAAUACCUGUCUUCUAGGCGGGAGAAGGGUUAGGUUGGUAGUUUAGACCAACGAUAGUGCGUAUUUUUUUCUUAUCACCGUGACUAUUAAUAAACCGUAAUUAAUUUGUGUCUGCCUUCUGUAGUAUAUUCUUCGUGGUGGCUUCCCUGUGUUGGGAUGUCGUGCUUUGGCCUUGCAACUCAUUGAUUCUCCUCCGCAUGGUUCACAAGCAAUGCAUUAGUUGGGAUUUUGGGGGUGCGGCUUCCGUCAUGGUGGGAUUCUUGUGCCUCACCCUUUUGAUAAUCCGGUCACGGUAGGGUAAUGGACCCCACUGAAUCGUCGGUAGACUGCGGAUCGUAUCAUGUAGGAAUGGUGGCAAUGAGAGGGUUUUACGGGUGAGGCAGCACGUAGAACAGUAGACUGAUGAAAUGCAAGAAAACACAGAUUUUGUCGAGAAUCUUACCGCACACUUUCGUAUGCCAAUGAAAAUGAGCGCGUCAAUUAAAAAGAUAGAUAGGCAGCAAAUUCCAAAAAUGACGGAGUUCGAGUAAUGGUUUAAGGUCAUGGAAAGCAAUUGUUGUUGGCAGUGUAAUGUCUGCAACGGCUUGCAAAUGGACGCCAAGAUGAGACCCCUAUGACACGACCCACCGUCUAUUGACAGUUAAGCGGGGUCCUUCACCCCACCGUUACCACCAUUCCAAGUUUAAGCCUCCAGCUCAGGCUGUUUCCUUGUCCCUAAGAUCCGCAAUUACUCGUCUGUCCAUCCCUUCUUCUUCUUCUUCUUCUUCUUCUUCUUCUUCUUCUUCUUCUUCUUCUUCUUCUUCUUCUUUAUUAUACUGUCAAUUUUGUGGAUUUUUCAAGCGCCUUCUUCGACGACUUUGCCCACUCGGAGGCCGAAUGGACGUCCCUGAUGGAGACCGAUCGACUUGACUUGGACAUCCCCUGUAGACGUGAAUGCCGCUUUCCGGUCUCGGCCCUGAGGACAAAGUUGACACAGUGAGUACUCCAUUCCCAUCCUAUGUCGCUCUUACCUCCCUCACCGUCUGUUUCCCCACCUCUGUUUUUUCCUUCCCUUGUUUAUCACUGGUUUGCUUGUUUUUCUUUUCGUUUCACCAUUAGCCUCGCGCCGCGACUUUGGAUUGUGAAACUAUCUGCACUGGAUCCCAUGCGCAUCGAGAAGAGGAUAGUUUACGAACUUAUCCGGACACCGGGUAUGCUGCAUCGGCCUCGCUACUUUUUCAGCCUCUGAAGCAUGUUUCCUUCAACCGUCCCGAUAUUUUGUCCCGUCCCAAUCCUUGAGUUAAGGUGAAAGCCCUUCUUAAUGCCGCAUCUGUGGGCCAUAAAGACCCUGAUGUCUAAUGGCUUUGGGAGCUCUCGGCUCAGGGUACUUACGCAUGUCUGCGGCUACACCUUAUCGAGCAAGAAUUACGUGACCUAUAGAAGCGAAGAGACGAGUCCCAGAAAGCAGUCUUGAAGAAGGAUACACGAUCGCUGGGACAAGAGAUUUAUUAGCCUGACGUUUCAUCUGAAUGCGGUCUUCCCGGACAUACAAUUUACGAUGAAGGACGUAGAGAACAACCAGCUGGCCUUCCUGGAUGUCCUAGUAUGCCGCAAAGAUUGUGGUGGACUAGAAAACCAAAGUGUUCAUGAAAGCGACAAAUACGAUGGAAGUGCUGAACUUCAACAGCAACCACCCAAUCAGCCAGAAACUCAGUUGUGCAAGGACGCUCUAUCGGCGUGUCGAAACGCACUGCAGUGAUCCGGAAGACAAGAUUGCCGAACUACAAUACCCCGACGGGUCCUCAAAGCUUAUAGCUACCCGCGCAACUUCGUCAACCGGUGCAUACGCAAAAGGGACGAAAGGCCUAACCGCACGGACACCAAAUUUUGGCGAGCGCUUCCGUAUGUCAAGAACGUUUCGGGAGCCGUCGGCCGCAUUCUCACACCACUUGGGGUUGGAGUUGCACACAGACCGGAGGCAACCAUCAGGCGUCAAGUAAUGAAACCAAAGGACCAACUGCCACGUCAAGAAACGUCUGGAGUCGUUUAUCGGAUCUGGUGCAUUUGCAGACAAAGCAACUACAUCGGAGAAACCGGAAGACAGUUCCGAAAGCGAAUGGUCGAACACGCUGCAACGGUGCGGAGAAAUGACGCCAGCUUUAAAGUUGCGGCUCAUUCGACCAGAUCCGGCCGCACAUUCAAAUUCGACGAGGCCGAAAUUUUCGCAAGAGGUGACAAUCGCGUGAGCCGGGAGCUGCUCGAGUCAUGGUUUACUGGCCUCCAGUCCAUUAGCAGGUGCAAUGACCUUCCCCUUAGAUGGAAAGCGUACAACCUGUAGAUUGAGAAUCAGAAAUGCAAAUGCAACGACAGGUCAACCUCAGAAUAAUUCAGAAACUGAAGUACUUGAAGGAAGAAUCGGUGGAUCUGAUGAUCGAGCAAUCAUCACACCAACAUCCAACGUACGUUAUGAAAUUGCAGCAAUUAACAACGCGAAUCUUGGCCAUCAAAUUGCCAUCCCUGAUGAAGGGGAAGGGGGGUCUGAAUAUUCAAGGGUAUUCAGUAGCAUGACGACUGCAUCCUAUAUGUACUGCAGCCCCUUGUGCAUGAACCACCCGUAUCUGCUUUUGUCUGUGUUGAUGGGUCCGAACAGGAAUCCGAAACGUCAGGCUAAUAAAGCUCUCGUCCCAGCGAUCGUGCCUCCUUCCUCAAGACUACCUGACCUCUUGUUGGGCUCCUUUGCCUCGGUGGCGAUCUCAGCUAAGGGCGGUUGGCCAAGUCACCGUAAUAAGGUUUUUACCUCGAGCGAUACCCUCGCGUGUGAAAUCCUCGCCCCCACCCUCUCCUCCUCAGUAGAUCAAGAAGCCGCACCUGCUCCGACAGUCAACCAGUCGGUUUUUCGUCGUGACUUUCCAUUUCCCGUUUUUUUUUUAAUUCUCUUAUUCUCGCUAACUGCAAAGACAGCUAAGCCCUCCCCUGGAGAUUCAUACUAGUCGAAAAAUGUUAUGGACAGCAGAGACUGGAGUGACUAUUUCCGACUUAUUCGCCGUCGCCAGCCAGCCACACCCUGCCGCUAGACUGGUCGUUGGACCAGACGCUGUACCACUUGAACCGCGGGCUCUUUCCUAGUCAUCGGUUGUCGUCAGCGUUCUAGUCCCAUUGUUAGACUGAAUUCAAGGAGCCCGCGGUUGUCUAGCGACGAGCAAUCAGUACUCGACCUUGGGAGCGCAAUUUCAGCUGUUAUUUGGGUCGUUGGCGGGUAGGGUUCAUGGAACUUUAAUUGACUCUGCCAACAGUUGGUAAGACGAGGCUGAGACGUAGUCAGUUUUCCACAAGUUGGGGAAACUACCUACUAAAAAAAGGCAAAACGCCAGAAGAGGUGGUAAAAGAAUAAGCUCUGGGGUACGACGCAUAAUGUAUAGUGUCAGAGGAUAGAAAAUUACCUGGUUGUCACCUGUUCGCUUCUUACUGGUGACUCGACGCAUUGUAAUAGCAGUUGCGUUUGUGUGUCCCCUCUGCUGUUGCGUAUAUUCAGGCAACAUAAAUCGAUCGAUUCCUAAAAAUCAAGCUGUUGGAUCACUACAUGUCUGCUAUGUAGAGUAGGUGACAUAUCUCAUGCAACAUCAAUCGAAAUUCUGAAAUGGGUUUUAGAUUCGAAAGACUUUCUUAGGUGGGGCUAUAAUAUUGAUCAUCGUGCUACAUAAUCUCAGGACAUUUCAGUCACCUCCAGAAUGUCGAUUUUCGAAUGCGCGCAUUACCAGUCGCAUGCGAGAACCGCACUCAGUGGAAAGUGGUGGGGAUUUUGUACACUGAUUAUCAAGGCAUUUUUCACAGAAAUCAUGCACAAAGAUGAUGAAUUCGAGUGAGGAUCCGAAACGUCAGGCUAAUAAAGCUCAUGUUUAAACGAUCAUGUUUCCUUUUUCGCACAAAGAUAUCCUGUAAUCAUUUUAUCAGAAAUUACGUUUCUUUAAAUAUUAUACCCGAAAGAGCUACUUUGGCCCCCAAAAGGUCUGUAACUAUGAGGUUUUUAUGAGCGUAAGAUGUCUAUUAAGAUAGCAUCCUACUUGCCUGUUUAUUAAUCCCCUUACUAAGGGUACAGCGUGAUCCAUAUCCAUAUCUAUGUAAUGCUUUUAUUUGCCAGUACUUGUAUUUAUAGUAUUAUUACACCUUAUAAUGCCGUAUUAUGUUUAUUGAUCUCAAAGCGAAAAUAUGCAAUCAGUAGUUCGGAAACCCUAAACGCGUGUGUGAUAAGAAGUCGCGUUUAAAAUUAUUCAGGGAUUUCGAAUUUGAAUUUAUAGAGGCACCGAACAUCGAUGUGGAAAAUCAAUAUUAAUUAAGUGACAAUUUUUUACAAAGUGUAGUUUUCGCAGGCGCCCGAAAAGAAGUCCAUUCAAAAGCUGGCAUCCCGAAGCAACUGAAUUAUCUUGGGGUUAUGAUGCGAGUUGAUUAGUAUUACAACCCGGCUUAAGUAAUCUUUUCGAGUCGAAAACGCAUUUCAGAAUUCCGGCUAGCAUUUCAUGAGUUAGCACAUCUACUGUAUUAAUUUCAAAGUGAGAAUGUGCAGUGUGUAGUUUGAAAACCCUAAACGCCUGGGUGAUAGCAAGUUGGGUUUAAAAUUAUUCAGGGAUUGAAAAACAUUUUUAAAACUGGAAGUUACCUUCUCAUCAAGCAGAAAAUUUGAGAAAGACAUUGUUUGCGACAGACUACAAGAGUGGAUAUUUUUAUGCAUGCUUUCCAUAAAAUCAAUUUUCAUUUAUAGAGGCAUAAAUAGUCAGUGUAACAACCCCGCCAGUGGCCCUCACAACGGAGCACCCUGGAGAUGCGUUGAGUCGAAACGGGGACUAGACUAAGAUACGGCGCGCGUUAGUCUGGCUGCGUAGACUGCGCAUCCCACAGCAAGUGUCACACUUAGCGUGAUGCCACUCCAAGGCGCAGGUUUCACUCCGCGCCGGCCAUUCGGUCAGAUGACUGACCGACUCGGACGGCGAACUGAUGCAUGGGGAGAUUGAAGAAAGAGUGAGGUGGAUUCUGGGAAACUCAGCCCACGGCACUUUAGCGCAUUCCUCACUAUAAGCAGUCUGACGACGGCCCUCCCAGGCCUGAGAGUCAGGCUCGACAGUUCCCUGUGGAUGUGACUGUUGUACUGCCACCCAGAUGAGAUCAAAGGCGCCCCCAUUGUUCUGUGAAAAAUCCGGUUCAUGUCCGUGGGACCAGAUCGUGUAUGGCACGCGUAGACGGGCCAUUUAUCUUUGUCGGCCGCUGCGCCCGAGCCUUCUUCUGGACGUCCUGACCCUGUCUCCCCACCGGGCCCAGGCGGGUGAGGGGGAGGAUGCAACAGAUGCCGCGCAAGUCUGUCAUAAUUAUAAACUAACUUACGCUCAAAUCACCGGUUCUGCGCCCACCAUGUCGUGGGGCACGCGGUGGACAUCGUCGUCCGUGACGAUCGGACUGCCAUUACAAUCCCACAUAGGUAAUCUUUUCUGGUUGCAAUCGAAUUUCUGAAUUUCAGCUAACCUACUGUGGGUAUAACUUCGAUGAUGGUUUGAGCGCUUAGUGAGAACCUUGCAAGGCCCCAAUCAGGGACACUGGUACAGGCAAGGUUUGUGGUCAUUACAGUUACACGUUGCGAUAUCCACUUGAGACCAUACCAAGCGCCAUUUCGUUCCUACAAGCUCCAGGUUUGGCAUUGAAUCUACGGGAGGCUACACUUCUAGCACUACUUUUUUUCCAGUGAUCUCCAGCCUCUUUUAUCUAAGUCGUCGAAUUCCUGUUUACUAUCUAACUUUCUCUUUCUAAUUUGAUCUUCCUAGGCGGGGGUGGAUACUACUACGGUCACGUCGUGGAGCUAGUGGAUACCCUGUGGCUCUACCCUAACUGAAUUCACCUCUAAAGACUACUCUUUUUUUACCUUAUCAGAUGUGUUUGUACCUCCUUUUUUCGGAAUGUUCAUACUACACUACGUACUUUUUUUUCUUUUGUCAUUGGGAGAGGUGAAGUCAGGUUUUUCGCUUAUGACCGUACAGAUAAAAUAGUCGUUGACUGGAUUGAAUUAGAGCGAACGUUUCUCUAACUUAUUAUCUGUCUUUUCUAGCUAUCGAUAUAAUCAACCAUUCGGGGGGGGGGCGACUACAGCGACGCUUUGAGUAUACGCUAACGACGUUGUGUGCGAUCUUCAGUGUUGAUGCAGUGUCUUACCAAGGAUGGAUGCCCGAACUUAUAAAGAAUGCGUCAUGACUGCACCACCGUACGGAUCUGGAAGUCCCAUUACAACACCCUCCCCCCCACCAAGCGCAUCUGUCCACGUUUGUCUCCGAAGCAUCGCGCCUCUGGGUAGUGUUCAUGUCAACGGUGCGCACUUCUCACUUACUGCCAGAAAGGUCUGGGGCACCUCUCAGCAUACUUUAUUUGUACCGACUGGAGAAGUCAAAAGGCGAGGGUAUUUCGAAGUAGCUAGUACUUGCAACCCACAUCAGGUGUAAAGGCCUUUGUCUCCACAAUUGAGUUACGAGGAGAACGAAGUUUGAGUUUAUAGGAUCAUUGUUAUCGGGUCUGUUCCAUCCCGACGGGUGGGAUGGAAGAGAAGGAAGGCUGGUUCUUGGAAGAAACACUUUAGGUCGGCGAGAACAGCGGAUCCCUUAGAUCAUCAACUCUCGCCAAUCUAUCGGGGUUCUGGCCGUCCUUGAACUUUCGGUCAAUUGCAGUGGGUAUUCUGGAAUAUUCUGGCCUAUGACGUGUCGCACAUCAAUUGGCCAUUUCUCAUGCUGGGAGCUCCUCGCGGAAUCUCGAACAUUUGGACCGCGCGGGCGAACAAGGGCUUCACGCCUAUUCGAUACAGCAGGGUACGCUGAUUGACUGGUCUCGCGUGCAUUUCUCAGCCCUUCCUGGCCCCCUGCUACGCGCGUGGUCACAUGUUAUUUUCGCUCUAGACCGCGACUCCGUUGUGGUUCCCGUCGGUCGACUGCAAAUGCUCAUUGAAGUCUUCCGGGGUCCGAGAUGGCUGACUGUUUAUUGAGCGUCGCAAUGUACGCUUCUUCAAGGGCAUGCGGUAAAGCACUGCCUGACUGCAAUUAUCUUAGGCCGUCUUUGAGGUGUACUAGAUCCGGGCAUCGCCUUAGGGUUAGCUGUGAAUCCCGAUCUGAGAGAAUGCUGACAACCCUCGACUGAGGCCGCCAGAAAGGCCUUUGCGGGGGAUUCGAAACUAUCAAGCCAAAAGUAAUGUCAAUCCGGCGCUUGGGGAGUCUAAAGGAAUUCUGAGGCUCGUGCCCCCUGUGCUAGCGUCGAUCUGUUGUUUCCCUACAUUUAUUCGUUCGCCCUGGAAAGAGCGGAAGAGGGCUACCGCAGUGGACAGAAAAAUUGCCACUUAGCUCUUUUCUGUCGUCAACCUUCGACUUGAGGAAAGACUUGGUAGCGAUUGAAGUCAGUGACAAUUCUGGUUUCUGUUUAUCGGUCAACCACACUAGGGACGACGGUAGGUUGUGUAAUCCCACUUCGCAACCAGUAGUCCCGUGAUGGUGUGAUACGGGAGGGGUGGCAAUAACGACCCUACGGAUGGGACAUCACCGCGGAGGCGAGACGAAAUGUAUGCAACAAAGCUUAGAAAUAGGUAGAUUUCCGCCAAAAUCCUCCUCAGGCCUAUAUGUAGCAACGGAAGUGAGCGCGUAAAUUGAAAAAUAGACAAUAAGCAACAAAUAAGCCGCCACCCGUAAAUUCGCUACAGCUCAGGAACCAAUGGAACGAAUAAUCAAUAGGAGAGAUUAACGGCAAGUGCCAAAUAUUUCAGCUGCGGAAAUAAACUGCGGGGCGGUGUGAUGCACAUGAGUAUUAAGUAAGCUAUGACAAUACACGCUAAUGAAGAGAGGAAAAGUAAAUGGGCAUAACUAUGAACGCUUGCUUUUAUUUUCGUAGCAAGUCAACUAACUACUGUAAAAUAGGCAUUUAGGAUAAUAAAUAUUUAGAGUGAGUGACCGAUCUCAUGAAAUGUUGGCUGAAAUUCUGAAAUGCGUCUUCGAUUAGGAAGGAUUACUUAGACACCAUUCUAAUACUAAUUAUCUUGCGGCAUAAUCCCCUAAUAUUUCGGACUCGGCAGGAUGUCGGCUUUUGAAUAUACGGCUUUUCAAUCUCUCACAGGAAGCAUGUUCAGUAAAAAUGACUCCUUAAGUAGCAUGAACUUUUCCCAUUGAUUUUCGAUGGUUUUGCAAAUUGAAAUAGGUUUUCUAGAAAGCACGGGCAAAAAUACGCUUUUUUAGUCGUUUGAUGGAGAAUCUCGUCAUCUUUGUUGUUUAUACUCAAAGAAGGAGUAUGAAUAGGUUUUAAAAAGUUUUCUAAUUCCCGAAUAAUUUAGAGCCUGAUUAGCCACUGCAUUAGCGCUUAGCUCUUUCAGUCUACAAGUUGCACGCGUUCCGUGUAAGGAAAAUCAUACAUUCUUUCAUGCCUUUAAAAAGAAACCCUAUAGAGUCCAUAAAAUUUUGCAAUGGGUACGGACUGUGUUGUACAUUUCAUAAGAAGCAGUGGUAAACGGACAGGUAGGAUGCUAUAUGAAUGGACAUUGCGCGUUCCAAAAAGUCCCCUAAUUAGAAAUUUUUUAAGACCUAACCAUACUCCUUCCUGGGGUAUAAAAUAUAGAGAUGACGAGAUUCUCCAUCAAACGACUUAAAAAAGCGUAUUUUUGCCCGUGCUUUCUAUAAAACAUGUUGCAAUUUGCAAAACCAUCGAAAAUGAAAGGGAAAAAUGCAAGCUACUUAAGGAGUCAUUUUUUACUGAGCAUGCUUCCUGUAAGAGAUUGAAAAGCAGUAUAUUCAAGAGCCGACAUCCUGCCGAGUCCCAGAUAUUAUGGGAUUAUGCCGCAAGAUAUUUAGUAUUAGAAUGGUGUCUAAGUAAUCCUUCCUAAUCGAAGACGCAUUUCAGAACUUCAGCCAACAUUUCAUGAGAUCGGUCACUCACUGCAUUUGGAAAGUUUAUAUAAACUAAUGAAAUGCACUUAUGAACAGGGUAGGUGAUAAUGGUUUUAUACUCCUAAAAUUCAGACAGUCGGCUCCAUAUCGCAAAAAAGUCAAAAAACCGCGCUUAAGUUUCUGAACAGAACGGAGGAAAUAAUCGAAGAAGGCGGUAGAACACUUCCAAGCAAGAGGACUGCAAUCUAGUGUGGCAAAAUGCCAAUGUGAACGCCAAAUACGCCAGUAGGUAAUGAGGCCACACACCGGCGGAUAUAUGUUCGAUGCGACUGCUGCCGAAGGGGGACGGUUCUAGGGGGUUCCGGUGUCGCAUCGGGUAAUAUGGCCCACGUAGACGGGGUUCAAUAUCGCCUGCUGUUUGGCUUAGACAGCGUUUGUCCAAAACAAACACGGGAAAUAUCCCUGUUGCAUAUUGCGAAAGCAUAUUUGGUGCAACAGCUUCCAGAACAGAAAACCUAUGUAAAGAGCUCCUUCUUAGACGUAAUUUAAUGACCACUUGUAAGUAACCUUUCGUACAUUAACUCGACUGAGUUUAAUUGCCUUAUUACUGGCUAUGUAAGGAACUACGCACAAAUAUACCUGAAGAAAUAGGUAAGCCAUGGCAUACGCGUUGGACAAGAUAUCUUGGAACAUGAGCGUUUGUGGUCUAACCGAGACAAAGUAAACCAAAACACACGAUGUCCCCCCCCCCUACAGCACGCGUUGUAUUGUGAGUGCCGACAUGGCACAAGAAGGUCAAGCAAGUCUGUUCGGAGAAGAAAAUAAGUCACGGCCUACAGUCUGACAACAGAAAUUGUUUGUAGAUAUCGAGAAAACUGAGCGUUUGUGCUUCAACCGAGGCAAAGUAAACCAAAACGCAGCCGACGAUGCUAACAGCACGCUUUGCAUUGUGGGUACAGCCAUGGCACAAAAAGGUGUAGCUGUUCUUUUGGAAGAGACGAACUGCGAAGGGGGAGAGAAAAAGCAAAGGCCAAAUCAUGCCAAAUAAUUUGCCACUAAAAGGGUCAUACCGAAACAGCUCGGUGCUUGUGGUUAUAGCGGUGUGCUAGGAAAAAUUCAAUGCGUGACUUCCUGAAGCCGUGGGCUGACAAAUUAAACAAAGCCUACUAAGAUAAAUAUAGUGGUUAGUUAUACAUGUUAAGCCGGGUGGGGUCACACAAUGUAUCCUUACCACACGAAAAGUUCUUGAUUUUCACUGAGUUGCGUUCGGGUGCUUCUGUGGGUCGCAGGAAAAACGAACGCUCAUCCCGCUUGAAAAUUGUCUCUGUCACUCAUCUCAACUGCGAUUAAUUAUCUACUAUCGACUCGUUAGAUGGACACUUAGGUUGGUUUGGAACUUUUAAUUCGAGCAUCUUUAUACUGUCGGCUUUUCGAGGAGACUGGUUGGGAGCAGCACACUGUUUAUCCCGUUUAGUUACAAGGAAGUGGGGUGUCAGGUUUCACCCCAAUAAUUCAGCAUGGUCUUUUAAAAAAGAAUAAAACCACCUCUUCGCACUCCGCAACACAAAGCAAAAAAUUAAAAAACGCACGACCAUUCUGGAUAAGAACAGAUUUCCCGUCCUUUAUCUAGUUUACUUGCUGGGCGUUGUGCUAUCGAAGACUUCUUGUUUUUUCCAAGAUGUGGCCUCCAUCUCCUUGUGCUAGUUUUCAAAUGUGAACGAACGGAUGUGUCCUAAAAAUUCUCGAAUACUCCUUUUGUCAAGAUGCGCAAGCAUGUCCUUUUCAAUUGCCUCGGAAAUUAUUGCAGGAACUCGCGGUUCAUUCUACAGAACAAAGCAUUUUAGGCACGCCCCUAAGGUUGUUAUGAAUAUUUAAGGUGAAAUCCACCAGCUAUUGCAAAAUAACCGCGUUAUAAUAGCAAGCUGUCUACAUAAGUCAGUAGUUUGCAAAUACUCGAUGAUUAGCGAUAUAGGAAGCAAAAACAGUUUAGGGACCCACCGAUGAACCGAGCCCCUUUGCAGCUGUGUAAUGCAGCGCCACAAGAUCGACAAAACAAGUGCGUUUGUGCUUUUAUUUAACAACUAUGCUGUCAGUAUGGCAAGUUAUUAUGUAUUGGCAAGUAUAUCCUUAGAUGGUGCUCCCGUUAGCGUGGGGUACGUCCUUUUAGGAUUGUAAUUGAACCGCCGCUGGAUUUGGAGGUAUCCUAACAAGUGUGCCGCAAAAUGCCGUUUAUUUUACAAUCUGCUAACUGAAUUACCCAAUGAAACUUUCGAACCAUGUUGCUUCCUCGGGUAUCACUACUCAGCGCUUUGGAUGGAGAGAGGCGUCUGACCAACGACCAGCAGCAGCUUCUUUCGCCCUGGGUUUCAUUUGCUAACAUAAUUUCGCCUAUUGUUGUUUAAUGCCUUCGUAGCGAUCGCGAAUUUCCAAGUUUUAAUAGCGGAGAGCCGGAAACUUCGAAUCAGUCCUCACUGCUGUGUUUCUGGCUUACCAAUUUUGCACGUUCUGAACACGAAGAUGCGAUCACUGGGACAAGAAAUUUAUUGGCCCUACGUUUCGGAUUCGCAUUCGCACCCAUCAUCAGAGACAGUUCCCUCUUCUCUUCACCCGCACUCACAAAGGGACACUGUGACUGCCUGCUUCCUGAGUCGAUCUACAGGUAUGGGCAUUGAAACGCAGAUUUGACUAACUGAUUGGUAUCUUGACAUAUUUAUUCUUAGACUUUGAUUUCGGAUCCCGAAGGGCACAGAAUACCCACUGAAGUGAUCAGAUGCUAGCUUUUCGCCAACCUCCUACACCUACGCGCUGAUAGCAACUCAGUACAAUGCAGCAAAGGAUAGGUAUCAUUGACUGAGCAAAAUAAAUUACGAUAUUUAUUCAACCAGCAAAUAUCUGUCCCGAAACCAUCCCGAACUGCCGGUCUUCGCCGCCCUUGCACUCCCGCAGGGACGGCAAGACACGGGAGUAUGAACCCCCCUCCUCAGUAAUACCGGUGAUCAUGCACAAAAUUUCAGUAAUGGCUAAUAUCCCCAUGCCCUAUCUCUAAGUAAAACCUUAACUCUUAAUCUGACCUUAAUAGUGUCUUAACCUUACGACAGCUUGCACCAUAACGUCGAUCCUAAUCUCCCUGGAAAGUAACGUGAGUCUUCAGAAUAGAAGAGGUACCUUUUCCCGUAUCUUGCCGCAGGGACGCACUCGAAACCCGUGAAGCCUAGCGGAUAUUCGGUUUUGCAUAGACCCCUCAAUAUUUGUGAUUAAUAGCUGCCGUUUGAUGUAGCGUAGUCGAAGGUAAGAAAAUAUCGAAUGCUAACAGUCGGCGGACAGCGACUGGUGGCUCAGGUUCUUAGAACGCCAGAUUGGCAUUCAACAAGUCGACGGCUCGUAUCCGUUUCAGACCAGGAUUUUCUGUCUGCGCUUCCAUAGCCCGCAUUUAAAACGAUAGUUACUGCCAGCAAAUGUUCCAUUUUCUUCGAGUCAGGACAAGUUGUUCAGAUGCAUUUUUAUUACGGUUUACUAGGUCGCCCUAGCUUGGCACCGGCGUUGUUUUCAAGGCGGCAGCCGUUCCCCGGCCAGCCGGUUUCUUCUGGGUCAUUGGGUGUGCAGGCCUCCUAAAGCCAAAACACCAGUGUCCACUGUGAAGGCGGCAGUGUAUAGCCCACACCCAGACCACUCAUUAGACGAGUAUUUGCUUGUUUUAUCAGCUAAAGUAAUGGGCCUGCAGUAACCAGUGCAGCCUACUGAGUGAGGCCACAGGCGUGAGAAGACAACUGACGCCAGGGGGGGGCAACUCCAAUGCCAUACAGAACGCCUAAAUUGCGUUUGAGCCCGUCAACACAGAUGAUGCACGCCCACUCACAGGGGUAGUGGCAGUUGUUGUUGUUGUUGAAAUGCUGGAGACAUGUGAUUCAGAAAAGAUUCAUGCUGGCUUGAUUUGGUUGAUCCAUUUGAAUGACCGUUACUGACUGGAAUACGGUGAUGCAUGACGAGGACCUGAGGAUGCCAGGCGGCGUGAUCGUUUUGCUCAGACAGAGCAAAACCAUCAUCAAUAUGCCGAUGUGGUUAACCGCAGCUGAGCCAGUCGAGGACCGUCAUACGACAAUGGUGGGAUGAGUGCCUGCUCGCGGUUGGCUUAAGUUAUCUUCUUGAGAUCUAAAACGGCAAUCAGAGACCUCUCUGCAUAUUGCUUAAGGCAGUUUGCUUUGGACUACGAUGUAGAGUUGACCGCACCACUUUAUGGUACUGAUUGUAUAUCAAUCGCUCCAAAUAAAUAUUCAUUCUUUACUUCAGUUGGUUGGUUUCUUUUUGUUAAACUGGCUUUUAGCUAUAAACUUUCAUAAAUUUUAACGUUACCCGGUGUCACAGUAGCCGGAUUUGUUUCCUGCUCUGAUUUUGAAUGAUUUUCAGUUCUCUGCUAAAACCAAGUUAUUAAUUGAUGAAUAAAACUAACGUUGUGCCAACCUCCCGCACCGCCCGACGCUUGGCUUUUGUUUGGAUUUUCUGGUUAGACACAGGAAGCACAUUGUAAGUUUGCCCAUUUAAGUGUCCCAAUUUACCACCGGCGCAACGAGGAUUCGACGAGGGACGAAGCAUGACUGCAACUUUAAUGAACCCUGUGGGACUUAAGACCACCUUUUUAUUCUAACUGAACCUUCUGGGGAUAAGUACACGUAAGUUGCAUCGUUUGAACCAUCUCUGACUGCACAACAAUACUUGUUUCCGUUAACUGUGUCUUCGGACUCUAAAAGACUUUUUGAGUCAUGGUUUAACAGCUAGGUGAAUGGUACUACCCUACCAAUCACAACGCAAGGACUAAGUUCCCUCCACUAGGGGGGACAUCUAUUCUGUCCUGAAGCUUUGCAGCGGCCUGAGCCCGCGAUGCAAGGUCGUCUGGGUGCUCCCCAGAAGUUGGGUGGGGUUAGAUGGACAGGACUAAGUGUGAGGGAGCUGAUUGGAUGGUUUCCGAGUUUCUGGACGCCUGCGGUUGACUGAACCCCGGGUUGACUGCGCGCGAGUCAUAUUACCUCGAAAACACUGGUCACGCGUUCCCUGGGAAGGCGUGUAUGCCAGCAGUUAGGUGCGCCCGAUGUGGCCAUCCAGAGAGUAUCGACUGGGUCAGUCUGCCAGGGCAGCUUGUUUUCUAUCUCACUGUUGAUGAGGUGUCUAACCAGACUGGGACUUUAAACUCCCUCGUUUACCUGACUUCAGUAGAAACAUAGAAAGUUAACGAUAAGGGUAGAUUGUAGAACCCCACUGGGUCCAUCGUGUAUAAGUAACUACUAUCUUUGUUUUAGAAGGCCUCAUUUCGUUUAUUAAUCCAUAGCUACAGGAAGCGCCCCUUUAUGUGUUAUCUAGCACUUUGACGCAACCGCUUGCACUGAGUUAUUCCGGCAUGGUUUUUUUUGUGAUAAACCAUUUGGCAUGAGGUUCUCGUCCCUCCUCCCUGAUUUUCUAGUUAGACUCAUGCAAUUACGUUGCUUUUGUUGUCAAUUCCAUACGCCGUGACUUACUUAUUUCUCCCGGAAGAGCAGUUAAACCAUGUUGUGCCAUAUCGAUACUAACCAUACCAUGAGUGCUGUAAGGAUCGCCGGCUGCGUUUUGGUUUACUUUGUGCCGGUUAGAGCACAAACGCUGUGCCUCCUCAAUAGCUCUGAACGGUUCUUGUUGUCGAACGUGUAAGCCAGACUUAUUCAUUUCUUUAAGAUUACUUGUGUAUAGGUCCUCUCAUAAACAGCAAUAAUAAGACAGUCAACUUUAGUCGGGAGGUGGGGUUGCACAACCUACCGUUGCCAAGUUGACGACUGUGCCCACAUAGCGAACAGACCCUAUGCUAAGCAUACAGGCAAGUGGUUAAACCAAACAAGUAAAGAGAACGGUAACCACAGUCACUCGGCACGCCUCGUGAUCUGCUGGAAGAGCUUUGAGACCCCUCUUUAUGAUCCUUUGUGUCGGGAUGUCGGACUGACGGUUGCCUUUAACUGGCUAGUAUCUUUUCCUUAACCGCGCUGGCUGUUUUAACGCAAUCGGGACAACGCUAGGGAGGUGCGCGCACGCUGUCGUGACACAUGCCUGACCAACCACGACAUUAGUCAGGCUUAUGCAUACAUCCGGUGGUGCCGACUUGAGCCGUCCCUUCAGCAGGGCGUAAGUCUCGAGUUCGUGCGUCCACGGCAACUCUAGUCCAACAAAUAACGUUGCACCUACAGUAGGUGAGCUAACUCAUGAAACGUCAACUGAAAUUCCGAAAUGCGUUUUCGUUUCGAGAAGAUUAAUUAAGUAGGGUUGUAAAACUAGUCAGCCUGAAACAUAAUUCUAUAAUAUUUCAGUUACGACAGGAUGCCGGUAUUCGAACGAACUUCCUUCCGGCUGCAUGCAAAAACUACACACCGUAAAAAUCACUACUUAUGUAGCAUGCAUUUUCUCACUGAUUUUCGAUGCCUCUAAAAGUCCAAUUAUAGUUCAUGGAAAACAUGCAUAAAAAGAUUCAUUCUAUUGCUCAUUCGACAGAAAAUUACGUCUUCUUCCAAUCUUAUACUCGAAGGAAGGGUAUAAUUCGGUUUUUAAAAACCUUUCAUAAUUUUGAACUCGCUCUACACUUGAAUUCAGGGUUCCCAAACUACAAGCCGUAUAUUUUCCGCGUACGGAAAACCACACAUUUCUCUACGGUAAAAAAGGAAGACAAUAUAGGGUUACUAAAAUUUAACAGUGGAUUUGAUCCAUAUUGUUAACUUUACAAGACACAAUGUUAAAUGCAAAGACAUGAAGAUUUAUGAACGGCCAUUUCACGGUAUUUAAAAGUCCCAGAAUAAGCGACUUUCUUAAAACCGAAUUAUGUCUCUCAUUCGAGUAUAAAAUUAGACGAAGACGCAAUUUUCUGCUAAAUGAGCAAAAGAAUGAAUAUUUUUGUGUAUGCUUUCCAUGAAAUAUAAUUGGACUUUCAGGGGCAUCGAAAAUCAAUGAGAAAAUUCAUGCUACAUAAGUACUCAUUUUUACAGAGUGUAGUUUUUGCAUGCAGUCGGAAGGAAGUUCGUUCGAAAGCCGGCAUCCUGUCGUAACUGAAAUAUUAUAGAAUUAUUUUGCAGGCGGACUAGUUUCACAAUCCUGCUUAAUUAAUCUUUUAAAAACGAAAAUGUAUCUCUGAAUUUUGGUUGACAUUUCAUGAUUUAGCCUACCUCUUGUAGCUGGAGCAGUUUCGUGCAUACUAACGUGUCCUGUCAAGGUUCUGAUUGAGGUAGCCAAAUCUGCCCUGAAAUUGCUCCCUAUCCUGAAAUUGUAAAAAGCAGAAACCAGCGCCGAAAAGGCAGUGCGCAUAUGGGGUUAGAUAGACGCAAAACCCGUGGGGAAUAAGAAAAAAGUGGAAAUGGUCCUCUGUGUAUUCCUGUAGCUUUCUACGAUUGCCAAACUCUGAAAUCCGGAGUGAUUGAACUAAACACGGAACCUAGAAUAGAAAACAGUACUAUCAUUCGAUGCCUCUCCGAAGGGCGUUUCCCCGCAAACGUGACUUCCCGGGUGUUUAGUGCGUGGAUGGAGUGCUUUCGCACUAAGAGACACCGGCGGGAGGACUAAUCAAUAAACAAAGCACCCACACCUGCACUAAUAGGCACACGCCACGUCGGCAGAGGCCAGGACUACCCAGUCGCCUGAGAGUAGUGUGCGAUGCCGUAUCCUGUCUGCAAGACGAAAACGAGUACUACAAUCGCGCAGACAGGACAGCGAUGAAUGAGUUGUUUUGUCGAGUAUGCGACAACUGCAACAGGCCUGCACGCGACAGGAAUUAAGCUCUAGCCAUCUGACUCGGGGCUGGGGGAGGGGGAGGGCAGGUACCCAGCUCGCCUGCUAUUUUUCACAUUGGUGGGCGUUUUACAGCCGGCAAUUAACUCGGUCAAGUGCAGACUAGUGCAUUCUGCCAAGCGACACCGAGUUUUGUGUUAACAUAGACUUGAGUGAGUUCAUGGUGGAUGGCAGGUGUGGUUGGUUUCAACGACACAGCCGUAGGCAUCUGAUUAUCGGGGUCUACCAGCGUAAGGCAGAAGAAUGCAGCAGAAGGCGUUAUCUUCACAAACGGCGACUAGGAAACUCUCCAGGGUCUCUCUGGACUCACCCUUAAGCUGCUAACCAGUACGUACAGCGUAGGGUUUCUAGCUCAAGGUCAUUUCUUGUCUAUUGAUUGAGGAGCUAAAUUGGACGGCUAAAUAAAAUAAGCACUUUGAAGGCUAGAGUUCCACCAAUACAAACACACAAAGAAUUCAAAAGAUUCGAUUGAGACAUUGCACGAUUAAUUUAAAAGAAGCGAAUCUUCUUGCUGGAGUCAGAGAUGGGGGUUUAUGGGUAACAAUCGGGAGAUGGCACCCAAAAAAAUCCGCCUAACCAAAGCAGCCUGUCUUGCUGGACAGGUGGUAAUAGGGGUUUUAUGGGUUAUGGCUGAUGGGGAUGUACGCUAGUAGCCGACAGAAAGCCUUAUUUGAACAGGCGAAUGAUCGAAGUUGGCCCGCUCCUCGUUCCGUUAUUACAAAAUUGGUCGUCAAAGGCAGUAUAGUGGUAACCGACGAGUGGAAAGCGUAUAAUCGUCUUCCCUCAGAAGGCUAUCUACAUUUCUAUGUUAACCACUCAAAGAACUUCAAGGACCCUACCACCGGACGGCACACCAAUGCCAUUGAGGCAUACUGGAGUAGACUGAAAAGUAAACUCCACGAGGGUGGCCCAGUAUGUGGUCAAGCUUUGUGGGCCCACAGAGACGAAGUACAGUAUCGUCUUUGGUUUGACCUCAAUGCCAUGUCUUUGACAGACGCCUGGGAACUGUUCCUGUCCCAUGUUGUGCAGACUUAUCCUAUUUAAAAGUGAUUUUUUAAAAUAAGCAUUCAUAAUGCGAAUGUAUGCCGUCUAUCCAGGUUGGGUAAAAACGACCAUCGUCCAUGUAACCUCCUGCGAUGUUCGUUCGGCCAGCCCGUGUUAGGCCAUCGCGGGAAGUCCAAGUAGUGCGUGAAAGUAGGCCUGCAACCGCUGAUAUAGCCUGAAGGCGUUUGAGUCCACUGGUAAAGGUAUUAUUUCUAGGUAACGGAUUUUUUUGGGUGCCAUCUCCCGAUUGUUACCGGUUUAUGCCCUGUGGGAUGGCGCAGACUGAAUAAAAUAAGAGCGAAAGCUGUUGUGCCGUCGAUGAGCAGAAGUCCUUCUGCGGAUGCCUGUUGCAGCGCCGCGCAUCUCGCACAUACCAACGGCAAUCUAAUUCCCAGCCAAUCAAGGCUGUACAAACCGGCCAAUCAAGGCUGUGCAAACCGGCCAAUCAACUUCGGGCCUGACGCAGGCGUGUCCUCGCUCAAGGCGUUCUGACGCAUGACCCACUGUCGCACUCGGAACGUUUGCUUUCGCGGCGUCAGACAUGUGCCUUCGUCCGACUGUCAACUUCCUCCAACCCUUUAUUUGAUCGGCAUAUACAGAAUACAAUGCCGGCGUCAAACGCCUUCUCUUUCUGUUUGAGAGCGAGCCUGAAGGUCGUAGCGGCCACGGGAUGCCAAUAGCUACAGCUCCCGCGACAGGCUAAUCAGAAAUGUGGAGCGUGCAUUUAUGCAACUGUAGGAAAGGAAAGCUCAUCGGUUAUGGGGAAGGAUUUGGCGGAUAACUGGUGCUUACUGGACUGUAGGUGACGAUGAGUAAAGAGCGCUUUCAGCAGCGAAAAGGCUUAACCGGGAAGGUGAAGGCACCAGGGGGAAUGUGAUUGGCGAUAGAUACGCAUUGACGGCUCCUCCUUCGUGUGGCCUGUAUGAAACUUUCACGAACGUAGUAUCUGAGUCUCCAUUUCCAUGAAAAUUUGAUACACUGCAGGUGGACCAGUUAACAUGUGGAACACGUAGGUGGGCUUCUUAGAUUUGCCAGUCAACGCGCGUCCCCAUAUCCGGUCGCCUUCACAUUGGCUUGACACUGGAACCUGUUGCAGAGGGCAGCAAAGAGAGCGAGAGAGAGCGCGGUAGAUGUGAUGAAAGUGGGCUUCACUAUCAUCUGACUCACGCGCAAACAACCGGUACGGCACCCACUCCGUGGAACACACGUGCACGUCGUCGUUUGCAUCUGUGGAACUGGUGACAUAGCUGCAUGCCAAUGAAGACGGGAAGGAUUGGAAUAGAUAUAUCAGAUUAUCCGUCUGUUGUAACAAGUUGUACUCCUGUCCCGGGUUGGAGAGACUGGACGUAUGGGUAAUAAAUAGCGGUAGCUAAGAUGAAAGUGCGCAUUCGAUCUUUCGGUAGAGCUCUCCUGAGAAAAUCUAACGACCCGCCCUCAGUGUUGUGGGCGUUCAUUGGGGCUGCUUGGAGGUCAUAAUGGCUGUCCAAUUUUCACAGUCGCAUUGAUUUUAUCUAUAAGCAGCCCGCUAAGGGAUAAUGGCCAGUAGGUCAGCAAUGCUCGUUUACAUUUAAACUCCACCAUUAAAGUUUUGUAAAGUCAUUAACAUUAUUUCACCACUAGAGCCUGCUGGGUGAGGGGAGAGAGUCUGGUAGAUGCGAUGAAGGCAUGUGUCACCAUAAGCUAAUUCACGCGCAAGUCACUGGUAUUGGGUCCACUCUAUGGAGCACGCGGUGAGUGUCGUUGUCUGCGACGUACGAAUCAUCAAAGAAUCACGCAGACUCAGAAACAACUGGCUGACGCGUGUCAGUGUAUGCCCCCCUUUUCACCAGGCGCGACAGAAUCACAGUCAGUUUUAGGGAGUCAUCCUCGUGGCUGUUCGGAUGCGAUGAAAUUAACAGUGAACUGCAGAAUAUCCGAGAAAGAAGGUGGAACUCAUCGAAACGAUUCCCUGCCUGGAAUGGGGAAUCUUAUCACAACACCGGACAGGAAAGACGAUGAUCGGACACAGGACCACAAGCUCCAUCAGAGCCAAUUUCUGUCAACCUCAUGCGGAACACCAACACUCACACCGUAGCUGUAUUCGGCGAUAAAGACUAACCGGGGAGCAGAAUAUGCUCUCUAGAUGUCUCCAGAUCUUCAAUAACGAUGAAUACGCGGUUGUUCAUAACUCACACAGACAAAGUCAUGAGAGACUGAAAUUAGGCUAUAUAGGCGAACGUUAUUCCUACGUGAUUCUCCGUACCCGAUAUUGCGGCCACUGGAGCUCGGAUACGUGUUUUGACCGGUAAAACAUCCAAUUCAAUGAACCAAGUCAAAAUCUGGUAUAUUUCUCGACCAUGGCAAAUAAAUUAAAAUGUCUUUCUGAGUGACCGUGAAGUCUUUACAUCGGAGCUACGGCCUAAACGGCAAGUCCGUUCUGGAACCACUCUCGCAGACGUAACUGAAGCUAACAAAGCCAGCAUCUCACUCAUACGAACCGUGGCGUGACAGUCACGCGGCGACAACAGGUCAAUUUAUCGAUCGAAUCAGGGUCAUCACCCGUUCUGGUAGACCUUGUGGACUAAACAGACGCCAAAGGUGAGCCCCACGCCGACUUACUCCCCUCUCCCUCCUUCCCUGAGGACACAAUGGUAAGUCGCGGACAAUUCAGGUGCCUCCACAAUUCUACUUUCACCACAGUUCAUUCAGAACUCCCAUUUGCCUCCUCUGCUAACAGAGAGAAGUUGUCAACAUUCAUGUCGGCCAGGGAGGCGUCCAGAUUGGAAACGCCUGCUGGGAACUAUUCUGCCUGGAACAAAAAAUUCUGCCAAACGGCCAGAUGCCCAGCAAAAAGGCUUUCAAUGGGGAGGACGAUUCUUUCAGUUCAUUCUUCAACGAAACAGGGUCAGGAAAGUAUGUGCCGAGAGCCGUGUUCAUUGACUUGGAACCUACUGUCAUUGGUAAGCUCGAAAGCCUGUUGUGUCUCUGCCUGUCAGGGUGAAAUUCUAAGGUCUCAUUUUGAUGAGCAUGGCUCUGAAAAGCUUCAAUGGUAAGACCUAAUUGUAAACGAGCAGUGCCGACAUACUGACCACUAUCCCACGGCAAGCCCCUUAUAGAUAAAAUCAACGUAAUCGUGGAAAUGAAUAUCAAAAAACGUUGGACAGCCACUAUGACCUCUAAGCAGACCGAAUAAACGCUCGUAACACCAAAGGAGGAUCGUUAGAUUUUCUGGUAAGAUGUGACAUGAUGGAUAUAAUACUGCUGGGGUUGGGGUUAAGGGUAAGGGGCUAGGGGUUAUUGUUAGGGGCUAGGGUUAUGAGUUAGGGUUAAAUGUUCGGGUUAGGUGUUGGCGUUUAGGAUUAGGGGUUAAAGUUAGGUGCUAGGGUUAGGGUUUGGGGUUAGCGCAACUGUUUUUUAACCACGCACUCCCAGUAGCUUUUCUUUUGCAUACAACUACUUGAUCUCGUCGCCUGUGCAUUCCCCGAGCCCACCUGUAUAAUCCCCUAUUACCACUAAUCCUGUGUUACAGGUGGCUGGGGUUUUUUUUAAUGCAGGUGGGGCUAUACAACCACAUCUGACUGAAAUCAAUUUAAAUGCAUAUUGCAUGAGUAGUCUUUGUUUAGCAGGUACGUUUUUGCGGAUGGGUAAUAAGAAGCCCAACAUAAAGUCAGAUUAUAGCGUGUCUGAAAUAUUUCGCAUUUACGCUUCAUGAUAAUCAAUAUAACAAGCCUACUUAAAUAAUACCUCCCAAUCGAAAAUACACCUUAAGAUUUCGGUUAAACUUUCAGGAGAUUGGUCACUGGCAAUUCUUGCAGUCCAGCAGUGUACCUUUAACUAACAUCUUCGUUAUCCCUCCACUGCCAGACGAGAUCAGGACCGGACCCUAUCGUCAGUUAUUCCACCCUGAGCAGCUGAUUACAGGCAAGGAGGACGCAGCAAACAACUACGGUCGAGGCCACUACACCAUCGGCCGUGAGAUAAUAGAGCUAACGCUGGACCGCAUCCGCAAGAUAGUUGAACGCUGUUCAGGUCUUCAGGGCUUUGUGACCUACCAUUCCUUUGGUGGCGGCACCGGUUCCGGUUUCACCUCCCUCCUGCUGGAGCGUCUGAGCAUUGACUAUGGCAAGAAGUCAAAAUUGCAACUGUCUGUCUAUCCUGCGCCGCAAGUCUCUACAACUGUUGUGGAGCCCUACAACUCCAUUCUCACAUCGCAUUCGACCCUGGAGCAUUCGGACUGCGCAUUCAUUGUGGACAAUGAGGCCAUUUACGACAUUUGCAGGUGAACUAUAUGGCUCUUUGCUUGUCGAGCGUCCUAGUUGCUGUAAAGCCCACAGGAGCCGACCAAUAAUAGCCGUAGAAAUUUAAGACAACAAUCUACCUAGGAAAAACAAAAUGCGAUUACGGGAACAAAAAGUUUCUUGGCCUGACGUUCCGGAUUCCCACUCAAACCCCUCCGAUAAGUCCUAUCCGCGACUCUCUCUGAUAAUGCGUUUGAGUGAGGACCCAAAACACCAGGCCGACAAACUCCUUGUUUCAGUGAUCGCGUCCUCAUCUUCUGAACAGCUUCCUGGGACUCGUACGGUCGCCCCUAUCAGCAAUGUACCUAAAACAAGUCAAGCCCUCCUCAUGCCAUUUCGCUCACCAUAUGUGGAUUUCAAACACUUCCAUUCCAGAGGUCGAUUGCAUGUUGGGCUGUAUAUAAGUGCGUGUUUCAGACAAGAGCACCUGAAAACGGCGACCAUUCACUAAAAUCUAUAUUAUUUGACAGCAGCACACAGAAGACGAGGUGAGAAAGAAGAUGCAUCUUGUACGCUUGGCAAGUUUCUUUGGCAACGAUCGGGAGAAGGCCCCGAUUCCUACAGCUACUGCGUUCACACACGACACCAUCGGUUGUGCGAACGCUCCCUGCACUCAGAUCUGUCCCCCUGUGUUCAGCUCAUUUACUAGCAACAGAACCACAUACAGACGCUGCACUAGUUGCACUGAUCGGCGGCACCCGCGUUUUAGAUCAAUCGGUCACCUGGUCACAAACCCUAAUAUUGGAUAAUAAUGCUGGCGCAGACACGUUAUGCAGACGCAACACGCUGCACAGACCUCCAAUAAAUUCUUCUUACGCUACCAAGUUAGCAUCCUGUCUCUUCAAAACAACGGUAAGGAUCGGGUUAAGGCCCCCAAACAUCUGUGGCAUAGAUGCAUGAAGUGGAUUUAUGUCCGACGCGAUUAUUUCCGGUUUGAUGUUCCAUCGUACAAGGUUGGGUCGUCUGUUGUAGACGGUCUGGUGCAUUAUCCAUAAUGACCUCAGCUCGGAGAGUUGAGAAGCGAUCGUUGUAGACACUUAAUGUUUAUUUUUUAGUUAUCCUGUGCGUAUCAGCAGCAGUUCGGUUCGCGGCCAGUCACGACUAUCCAAACGGACGAAGCAACUUCAAGGCCGACACAGACAUGCCUCGUUAAAGGCGCUCCGACGCCUCUCCCAAUAGCACUCGGGAUGCCCGCUCCCACGAUGCCGGACGUGCGCCCUUGUCCGACUCAACUUCCUCCAACCUGCGCUAUUAAUUAUCUAUACUUGUUCAGCCAUUAAUCUAUGCAUGCAUAGGCCCCGCCCGUAAAAGCCCUAUAACCACAUUUCACGUAAAACAGUCGCCUUCGCUGGUCGUGUGUGUUUGAGGGCCCCCUCCCGAUCGUUGCUGUAGUCGCUGCACAAGGUGUCCUCUGAGGUGCGGUCGGACGUUGUCAGCACUCCCAAGGGUAGGCUCGACAACAGCAGCAGCAGCAGCAGCAGCAGCAGCAGCAGCAGCAGCAGCAGCAGCAGCAGCAGCAGCAGCAGCAGCAGCAGGAGUCAUCGGGAGACCCUAGCCAUUACGACCCUCAGGGGUGAUCCAAUUUCAAAGAGGAAAAGUCGAACGCCAGUUGAGGGCAGAUUGUAACCUUUACAGAAGAACUGGGGCGCAGUUUGGAGGAAUUUGAGUCGAGCAAGGGCGCACGUCCGGCAUUGCGGGAGCGGGCACCCCGAGUGCUAGUGGGGAGGCGUCGGAGUGCCUUGAACGAGGCAUGCCUGUGUCGGCCUUGAAGUUGAUUGGUCGGUUUGGAUAGUCGUGACUGACCGAGAACCGGACUGCUGCUGAUACACGCGAGUACGCGCGUGAAGCACAGCGUUGCUACAGGCGUCCAGUUGUGUGCGCAAUCUCCGAAAUUGGCACAACAGCAUGGUCUUUCCAGUUCUCCACCCUCCAGACAGCCGACGAAGUCAAGGUGUGGUGGGCUAGCCAGCUGUGGAGCGUUUAGACCACUGCACACGCCAGCUGGAUAUUGUGCAGCAAACAGGAGAUAAGCUGUCGCCAGUCGCUGUUGGUGCCACCAUCUUUUUGGGCCGAGCAAUGUAUUUUGAGGUGUGGUCAACUCGUCAUCCGGCUGUUUAGGCACCAUUAACGUCAACAUUGUCGACUUAGCCUUUGAAGUCGAUGGAAAAUUCUUGUGUGACCGAUGAAGGACCUGUAUGACCCGCCUUAGCGAACUACAGUAUCAAUAAAUCAGGACAAAGUCGCAUUUGUUUGGGUCGGGAGAGCAGGGGGAAAUGAUCGAUGUCGGCCGCAAUUGCUCAACUAUUGACAGGCCUCUGUGCAUUCGACUGCAUGCCGAUAAUACUAGUAAUUAAAAUUUAGUGCUUCUUCUGAUGUCUACUAUGUGGCUAUAAGAACCUAAAUGGCUCAGUCGCCUGGUUUGGGAAAAACAGAACAGUAGCAUCCAAGACCCAUUUGGGAUCCGGCCUGGGGUCGCCAGUCAUUUAAGAUUGCGAUAGAUGAGAUUUCUUCUCUAACCAUCCGUGAGGCGUUUCAGUCAUUAGGAUGCGCUGUAAUUUGGUUAUCCAUUAAACGGCAAAAUCAAGGAAAGUAGUUCCAGAAGAAGCCAUCAUUAAUGUCCAUUCUGAGUUCGCAAAUCCGAUAGACCGCAAUUGGAAAGGAUCAGUAGUCAUCUUGGCGACAUGCGCAGUGCUCAUCAACAUUUUCCCUUAAAGUGAACUUUGCUGGCAGAAAAUGAUCGUCUCGUAUUAACUUCAUUAGUCUAAAUCCCUUCUGACUGUGUCUCAGGGCCUAAAGUGCACGUGCAUUGCCAUUGGUUCCGCUUCAGACGCAACCUCGACAUUGGCCGACCGACGUACACAAACCUGAACCGCCUUAUCGCCCAAGUGAUCAGUUCUAUCACAGCCUCCCUUCGCUUCAACGGUGAGCUCAACGUCGACCUUGCAGAAUUUCAGACCAAUCUCGUGCCCUACCCACGCAUCCACUUUCCCCUCGUCACCUACGCACCCGUCAUCUCCGCCGAGAAGGCUCACCACGAGGACCUGUCAGUCAGGGAGCUCUCGCAGGCCUGCUUCGAGCCAGCCAGUCAGCUGGUGAAGUGCGAUCCACGACAGGGCAAGUUCAUGUCCUGCUGCAUGCUCUACCGCGGUGACGUCGUGCCCAAGGAUGUGAAUGCGGCCAUUGCGAGCAUCAAACUGAGACAGACCAUCCAGUUUGUGGACUGGUGUCCCACGGGCUUCAAGGUUGGCAUCAACCACCAGCCGCCGACAACGGUGCCUGGCGGUGACCUGGCCGCGGUCCCUCGAGCCGUCUGCAUGCUCAGCAACACCACAGCCAUCGUGGAGGCCUGGGCCCGCCUGGGUCGCAAGUUUGAUCUGAUGUUUGACAAACGCUGUUUCGUGCACUGGUACACGGGCGAGGGCAUGGAGGAGGCAGAAUUUGCUGAUGCGCGCGAGGACAUGGUGACGCUGGAGCGGGAUUACGAAGAAAUGGCAAUCGAUACGCUUGAUCUGAAUGCUGGCUGGGACGAGCGCGAGCACUAUUCAGACGAAGUUUAA